UAGUUAUUAACACAGCGCUGUGUGAACUUCGUCUUCGUUGAAACUUAAUUCAGUCAAAAUGGAUUAUGAAGCAAGCUUCAGUUCAGAAUACUCCGAUUCAGAAUCAGAAAAUGAGUACGACCUUUGUUGUAGAGAUGAAUCUAAUUCUUGUGGACUACCGUUCGAUCCUACGUCCCUUGAAAAUAUUAUUUUGUCUAUCAGCGACCAAUUUAAUUUUCGAAUACUCUUAAAUGAUGGCAGAGCGAAAAGCGCUCUCCUUGUUACUACGGGAUUAACACUAGCUGGAACUUUGAUCGGAAAGCAUUAUGGAGGCAAGAUUGGUGCAGCUGUAGGAGGCGCAGUUGGUGGUGUUUGUGGUAUUGGAGUAGUUGCUGUGUCGAUGCGUGAUAUAUGGAAGGAUAUACGAGAUAAAUUGUCGGAAUUAUUCGAUAUCGUCUACGAUUAUCUGGCGGGUCUGGGAAUCGACGAUUACAAGAAAGCUGCAAAAUUUUUGAUGCAACACAGCGGCGAUAGCUCACAACUCGCUAUGGUUGUCCUUCAAGUUACUUCGGAUAUUCUUGGAAAAAAAGUUUUGUCUAGUUUGACUGUAGGUUAAGGUUUUACAUAUAUUCAUGUUUAGUUUUGUUUUGGUAAAUAAUUUCUGUUUACAUGACUUUUACAUACGUUUUACUACUGAUUUGUAGACAUUUUAUGACACUUGUGUUUCGACCAUCAUUGUAUAUGACUGAAGUAGGACACGACAUAAACGAUUAAGUAAAUGUGAAUAUAAUUUAAUAUUUAUUCUAGAUAUAAGAUAGAACAAGAAACUAAUUUUUUUCGGACAAUUUCAAGUAAUAUUUAUUACUCUAUCUAUUUUUCCUUGUCUAUAUUUUCUACUAACACUUUCUCUUCCUUCAGAAUAUUUUCUCUCUUAAAUAAUAUUUUUUAAAUAUACUAAUAAUUAAUAUAGUAU